GCUCCUCCUGCAAGAGAUAAACGGAGCUGAGGGAGGCUAAGAAAGAGGGAGCAGUGAGAAAAACGUAAAUAACAGCCGAAAAACGCAACUUGCCUUUGCUAGCGCCAUAGUGCUUUACACCAGGAAGUCUGCUGAGUUAACAUUUGCAUGUUAAGAUUAUCGGUCACACCAGGAGGGCUGGGUUUGCGUUUAAUUUUAAAUAACCAAAUCCGCAAAUGAACUCCGUCAGAGCGACCAGCAGAAGACCCAGGCGAGUGUCGAGGCCGCGUCCGGUGCAGCCGGAGAGGCACAACGGAGAAAGAGAUGAUGAAGUUCCUGCAGACAUGGUUGCUGAAGAAUCUGGUCCUGGAGCUCAAAAUAGUCCCUAUCAACUACGAAGAAAGUCCCUGUUGUCCAAGCGGACUGCUUGCCCAGGAAAGAGCCCCAUGGAGGGAGCCUCUACUUCAGCCACAGAAACCUUUGGGCCUCGAGCCAAGAGGCCCCGGAUCUCAGGGAAAUCUCUGGAUCUGCCAGCUGCUCCAGCUGAGCAGUACCUCCAGGAGAAGCUGCCCGAUGAGGUGGUCCUGAAGAUCUUCUCCUACCUGUUGGAGCAGGACCUCUGUCAGGCAGCACGUGUGUGCAAGCGCUUCAGUGAACUGGCCAAUGACCCCAUCCUCUGGAAGAGACUUUACAUGGAGGUAUUUGAGUACACACGCCCCAUGAUGCACCCUGAGCCUGGAAAGUUCUACCAGAUCAAUCCUGAGGAGUAUGAGCAGUCAAACCCCUGGAAAGAGAGCUUUCAGCAGCUGUGCAAGGGAGCUCAUGUGAAGCCUGGCUUUGCUGAGCAUUUCUACAGCAACCCUGCCAGGUACAAAGGACGGGAGAACAUGUUGUACUACGACACCAUCGAAGAUGCUCUUGGUGGCGUACAGGAAGCUCAUUUUGAGGGGCUUAUAUUUGUCCACUCUGGGAUUUACAAUGACGAGUGGAUCUACAUCGAGUCACCCAUUACCAUGAUUGGCGCUGCACCUGGGAAGGUAGCGGAUAAGGUGAUUAUUGAGAACACCCGGGACUCCACAUUCGUAUUCAUGGAAGGAUCUGAGGAUGCCUAUGUGGGCUACAUGACUAUUAGGUUCAACCCUGAUGACAAGUCUGCCCAACACCACAAUGCCCACCACUGUUUAGAGAUCACUGUAAACUGCAGCCCAAUUAUAGAUUACUGUGUCAUACGGAGCACAUGUACAGUGGGUUCCGCAGUAUGUGUAAGUGGUCAGGGCGCCUGUCCCACUAUCAAGCACUGCAACAUCAGCGACUGUGAGAACGUGGGACUUUACAUCACAGACUAUGCACAGGGUGUAUAUGAGGACAAUGAGAUCUCCAACAAUGCUCUGGCAGGCAUCUGGGUGAAAAACCAUGGCAACCCCAUCAUCCGACGAAACCACAUUCAUCAUGGAAGGGAUGUUGGAGUGUUCACCUUCGACCAUGGCAUGGGCUACUUCGAGAGCUGCAACAUCCACCGGAAUCGUAUCGCUGGCUUUGAGGUGAAGGCUUACGCAAACCCCACAGUGGUGCGCUGUGAGAUCCACCAUGGACAGACAGGGGGCAUCUAUGUGCAUGAAAAGGGUCGUGGCCAGUUCAUCGACAAUAAGAUCUAUGCGAAUAACUUUGCUGGAGUCUGGAUCACAUCUAACAGUGACCCCACUAUCAGGGGAAAUGCCAUCUACAAUGGCAACCAAGGUGGUGUUUACAUAUUUGGAGAUGGGCGGGGCCUCAUCGAAGGGAACGACAUCCACGGCAACGCCUUGGCAGGGAUCCAGAUCCGGACCAACAGCUGCCCUAUCGUUCGACAGAACAAAAUCCAUGAUGGGCAGCAUGGAGGCAUCUAUGUACACGAAAAGGGUCAGGGUGUAAUCGAGGAGAAUGAAGUGUACAGUAACACCCUGGCGGGUGUGUGGGUGACCACCGGAAGCACACCGGUUCUGCGGCGGAACCGGAUACACAGCGGAAAGCAGGUUGGAGUAUAUUUUUAUGACAAUGGGCAUGGUGUUCUAGAAGACAAUGACAUCUACAAUCACAUGUACUCUGGUGUUCAGAUCAGAACUGGUAGCAACCCCAAGAUUCGGCGGAAUAAGAUCUGGGGGGGGCAGAAUGGUGGCAUUCUGGUAUACAACUCUGGGUUGGGUUUCAUUGAGGACAAUGAGAUCUUUGACAAUGCUAUGGCUGGUGUGUGGAUAAAGACAGACAGCAACCCUACACUUCGCAGGAACAAGAUCCAUGAUGGUAGAGAUGGUGGAAUAUGCAUAUUCAAUGGUGGUCGAGGUUUGCUGGAGGAGAACGACAUCUUCCGCAAUGCCCAAGCUGGUGUCCUCAUCAGCACCAACAGUCAUCCUGUGCUCAGGAAAAACAGGAUAUUUGAUGGCUUUGCUGCAGGGAUUGAGAUCACCAAUCAUGCCACUGCAACUCUGGAAGGAAAUCAAAUUUUCAACAACCGCUUUGGAGGCUUGUUCCUCGCCUCUGGUGUCAAUGUGACAAUGAAAGAUAACAAGAUAAUGAACAACCAAGAUGCCAUUGAAAAAGCUGUCUCUAGGGGGCAGUGCCUGUAUAAGAUUUCCAGUUACACCAGCUACCCGAUGCACGAUUUUUAUAGGUGUCACACAUGCAACACCACGGACCGUAAUGCCAUCUGCCUGAACUGCAUCAAGAAGUGCCAUCAAGGACAUGAUGUUGAGUUCAUUCGGCACGACAGGUUUUUCUGUGACUGUGGAGCAGGGACAUUGUCAAACCCAUGCACACUUGCUGGAGAGCCCACACAUGACACAGACACUCUGUAUGACUCUGCCCCUCCUAUAGAGUCCAAUACAUUGCAGCACAACUGAGCUUGACCUCAGCUGUUACCUUUUAAAGGGCCGUGGACUAAACGCACCAAAUGGAUGCUUUGAUCAGUCUGGACCUAAAAAGACUCCAUGUUUAAUGUAUGAUGAUGGAGAAAGAUAUGCACACUAGAAAUAAAAUCUUUAAAAACAUACUAAAAAACUGAAAAGCAAAAGCUGACCCAGCUUCUAAUGGAGAAGUUUAUAUAUUUAAAGAAAACCUUUAAAAGGCUUUCCUGUGUCUGUGGAUGUAAAACUUUUUUUUUCUGUUAAUGCAAACGUUUUGAAGAAAAGAAGAAAUGAACGUCGAAGAGAAGCAAUAUGUUGACUCAGGAUUAUGGAGAGUAAGGGGGCGUGACUUCAGCUGUACUGCCUCUGUGCAACAUCUGAGAUGCUGCUGUAGGAGGAGCUUAGCUGCAGUCUGGUACCCAGAAACACAAGGAGCCAUAGUCCCUCUCACUGAAGAGGGAUGUCAUCCUGUUCAGUAGGCUGGGCGCUGCCCAUACAGCCACCUUGGCAACUGUUUCUAGACAGCAGUGGUGCUGGUAAAUGUUUGGUGAAGGAACAAAAGGUGAUCUAGCACUUCAGCUUUUUUUAAUGCCAUUCUGAUUGACACAUGAUUUUAAUGCUUUCCCACAUAGUUUUGUAUUUUCAAGCAGAAAUCUUACUGUACUUGAAUGUCUUAUUAUUAUUAUUAUUAUUAUUAUUAUUAUUAUUAUUAUUUUGAUAACACUCCCUUUGCUUACUGUAUACCUUGUCAAGCCCCGGUAUCUAAGUUCUUUCUGUGAAAGAGAAAUCAAUGGAUUACACAGAUUUGAUUUAGGAACGCUAAAUUUACUCCAGCAAUGUUAAUAUAUUAAAAGUAAUGUUUUUUUUUUCCUUUUCUUUAAUUGCAAAAGCAAAAGAAAUGUUUUGAGUAGUGUGCAUUCUUGAGCUGUGUUACCUUUUGCUAAGGUAUAAACAAUUUUGUUGAUACACUUAAAUGUGGUUAAGGCUGCUUGAAAUGACUGUUGGGGUAACCCUGUUAAGUCUCCCAUUGGUGCUCAGGCACACUAGGGACUUAGGGCUUGUAAUGCACAAAAAGUCACGUCAGGUGGUUAAAACGUUUCACAUGGGUAAUGGUGGGUGAAGUGUGCUAAAUGUUAAUCUCUGUGGAUAUCUGGCCAUUUCUGGAAGUUUUAGUUGAAAUGAUCUACAGGAAUACAUGUCUCAAAACAUUUAUUUUAACCCCUGGGGCUCAAGCAAGGCACAGCAAAUGAGUACUUUCUGGCAAAGCAUCACGAGAGAGUGUUUAUAGUGAUGUCUCGUGUGAGUGGCACUCGCGUGUGACUGUGACUUUUCCCCCUUUUUCCUCGAUAAGAAACGAGACAUUGCUGGAGAUGAACCCUAUAGCUCCCCGCUGUAUUAAAGCUGAUGUGCUUGUCUAUACAGCACUCAACUGUUUCAUUGCUUAUUUUUUUCUUUUUUUGAGGGAUUUUAUUUGUUUUUCAUUGUGUAUUGGUGACUGUGGGUUCUCAUACAGCUUGGAUUGUAUGCAUGUACCAUACCAUCUCAAUUUAAUAUAUUGUGAAGUAUUCAACAACCAUUAUGUAGAUGCUAGUAUGAAUUAAAAGGGUAUAAUUUCCUACAAAAAAAGGAAACUUGUCAU